UCACAUUCGUAACUGUCGGCUAGCGGUGAAGCUGCACACAAGUGUCGCUUCUUUUAUAUCUUAUCUGCUUAAAUAAAACGACAAACAUGGAGAUUGGGACGGAGAUUAGCAAGAAAAUAAGAGCUGCUAUAAAGGGUAAGCUUCAGGAGCUCGGGGCGUAUAUCGAUGAAGAGCUUCCUGAUUAUAUUAUGGUGAUGGUAGCAAACAAGAAAACCGCCCAACAGAUGGCUGACGAUCUCUCCCUUUUCCUUGGAAACAACACGACUAAAUUCACAGCAUGGCUGCAGGGCGUCCUGGAGAAGUUAAGAUCUGUUGCAGUCGAGCCUGCAUCCCUCAGUCGACAUCAGCUGCAGUCUGACGGUGGUACUGUGGCUGGAAGGAGCCGAUCAUCUGUGAGCGAGGACGGCAGAGCGGAGGAGCUGAAGCUGCUGACGGUGUCCAGCUCACGUUCGGACAGGACUGAAGCUCGCGUGUCCAGUUCCGCUUAUGAAAGCAGGAGAAGCAGCUUGGAGAAAAAUUCCUCUCGACUCACCUCCACUGUUAAGCCCCUCAUGGAGCCGCUCCCCCUCGAGGCUGUGAUUGACAUCAAACCAGAGAUGGAUGAUGACCUCAUUGCCGAGGAUCCUGUAGAAAUAGGCACUAAUCAUGGUCGAACACGCAGCGCAGCUAAUAGACCCACAGCUGAAAUCUACAGACCCGGUCAGAGCAGGUUUACAUCGCUAACCUCUGUAGACACGUGUCGACCCUCUGAAGGAUCCUCUCACUCCCGGCAGAGUGACAGCAGGAGCAGCAGAACCUCCAGACCUGGAGCCAGUAAGCAGGAGGAGUUGUCAAGGAAACGUAAGGCACCGGUAGCAAGUUCAGUGGUGCGAGUGAACCGAGCGGCGGACGAGGACAGCGAUGAAGUGGAAGAGGAGGAUUCGGUCCAUGGAGGCAGAGGCCUGUCCAGCAGAGUGUCCCUACCCUCCAAACCGGAACGCAAGCCGACUCUCCCUCCAGCCAAACAAGCCAACAGGAAUCUGAUCCUGAAGGCCAUCUCUGAGGCUCAGGACUCAAUCACCAAAACUACAGCCUACCCCACAAUACCACAGAGACAGACUGUCCCUGUUGCACCUCGUACUCGCAUCGCCAGCAGUGAAGAGAUGACUGCAGCCAUCCAGCUAGUCCAGGAGCACCUCCACAGUCUGGCCCCCAGGGUUCAGGCCUACACCGCCACAGAGCUGCCUCCCGCCAGAGCUACUGCUCCAGCGAGAUCCUUAGCCUCCCGCCUCCAGCUGGACUUAGCUGAGAGCAGUGAAAGAGGAGAGCAGAGUGAAUAUGGUGUUGAGGUCGCUGCAGGCAGUGUGACAAAACCAUUCGACACCCGCUCCUUCAUAAUGAGCCGACCGCAGCUGGAAGAAGCUACAGCCAGAAUCCAGCAGCGUCCUCAGGUCAAAGGAGAAGUCCAGUCUGCUUUGCCACGCACCGUCCAGGCCAGUAAGGAGACGGGAGACUCUGCCAGCCCCAAGUUCAUAGUGACGUUAGAUGGGGUACCGAGCCCGCUGGGGAAUCUUACAGACUGUGAGAUGGAGCUGGAUGAUGUGAGACCACCCACAAAGGUCACAGAGGCGAGUGUCCACGUCAGCAGGGAGCCCAAACUCAGUGUCCUUCAAAGACUACAAGGAGGUCUCCCGUCAUCAGAAGCAGAUGAUGUGAUGGACUAUGAGAUGGCAGAAGAAGAUGCAGUCCCUUUAAAGAAACAGAAGGUGAUGGAGCGCUGCAAGUUCUGGCCGGUCUGUAAAAGUGGAGACGAGUGUUUAUACCAUCAUCCUACAACACAGUGCAAGACUUUUCCCACCUGCAAGUUUGGAGAUAAAUGCCUUUUUGUGCAUCCAAAUUGCAAAUAUGACGCCAGGUGCACCAAGCCAGACUGUCCCUUCACUCACGUCAGCCGGAGAAGCACAGCUGCUCCUCCUCAAAGGCCAGCAGUGCAGCCAGUGCAAACCCAAAGUGUGUGCCGCUUCUUCCCAGAGUGCAAGAAGAUGGACUGUCCAUUUUACCAUCCCAAGCCUUGUCGCUUUGCGGCGCAGUGUAAACGACCUGGAUGUACCUUCUUCCACCCAACUACAACGGUGCCUCCGAGACACGCCCUGAAGUGGACAAAAACACAGAGCAGCUAAUAAAGUCCUGGGAGUCUGCUGAUGGUUUACAUGUGAAACUAUGGAGGAUGUUCUCGAUCUGCGUCUGCUGAUUUUCAUUCUUCUUUUCCUUUACAUGUUGUUUUGUUACAUUUUAAUGUAUUGUUUGGACUGAUUUUAAGAGACGUGUUUUGUAGGAUGAAGAGGUUUUUGCUCGUGCUCUCAGAAGAUUAAAAUAUUCCACAAUGAACUUAAAA